AUGGGCGCCUCUUGGUCCCUCAUUUCCGGCUGGAAGAUAAGUCUCGAGCCACGUUGCCAAGUGGAGUCUAACAUCGGCAUUUCAGGUCUUCUGGGAAGGAUUGCAUUCGCUCUCAUCGCGAUUUCAGCCAUCAUCAUCAGCAUCAUCCUCGGCUCAACAUACAGGAGCAAAAGCCCUUCAACCAACAAGCUCCGAGAGAAGCUCAAAACAAGCUUUAAGGAUAUAGCAGCCUUGCAACUUAUUGUGGCUGACGCUUAUCUGGUUACCGCCUUGAUGAAUCAGGAUCAUACCAGCUGGUUCCACUUCCGCUUUCUUGAAGAUGCCGCGAUCCAGGCUUGUCUAUCGGCCGCGAUUCUCUCCCUCCACUUUCGGCGUACGGGAAUUGAAUUUUGGCUACAUCUCUUAAACGUAUUUGUGUUCAUCGGCCUCUUCCUCGCCUCUGGUAUCAUCUACGUCAAUAAAGUGGCCGAAGCACUAAAGCAAGCUCCCGGCUGCUACGACGAGCGAUUCCAGACGUUCUGCACACCCUUUGAUAUCGGUUUCGGGAUCCUCAUCAUCCUUCCCCUUCUCAUCCCAGCUUGUAUUCCAGCCAAGUUCAAGCUACGCCGCCGGUUCAAAGUCCCUCUCUGUGUAAUGAGUAGCUUGUUGAUUAUUGUCGAUGAUUACCUCCAGUUUACGGACUAUGAGGUGAUGAAGGUUCUGCUUAAGAGUCCGGAGACGGGGGCGGACGUUGGGCAGACUUACACGUUGUUGUCCGCCGUCUUGGCGCUGCUUUAUAGCCUGUAUCAAUGCUUUAAGUAUUGUCAUAGUUCCUCAACAGGUGGAAGCAGAGGAGGAGUUUGGGAUGCAUCCUAUUGUGUAAUAUCCCAAUCGGGCCAGGAAUAAGCAAACAACAAGAUGAAAACCCCUCAUUUGCACUGGUGCACGAACGCUUUCAAAUAUACAAGAGUUCGGCCCCGAGAGUUGCACCUCUGGAUAUGGAUGAAUUGGAUUCUGUAAUAUUAAUCUUGGUUUAAGGAAGGACCUGCAUGCUGGACUUUUGUUUGCAAUUUGGAACUGUGGGUGGAAAUCGGGUUUCUCGCGGGUUUGAAUAUUACUUCUCAUCUUGGAUAACCUUCGCCAUAUCUGGGAAUUGAAUAUCAUUCAGC